UGAUUGCCCACGUUACUUUUUCCUAUGAUCGGUCACUAUUAUAUAAAAUGUAUACUACUGCAAUUGCACAAGAUUUAAAAAUAAGUCAGUUAGAGGAUGAAUUUUGAUCUAUCUGCUUAUUAUUUUGGUGAUUAACACUAAAAUAAAUAAACUGUUUUUAAUUAAAUUAUAAUAUCUAAAAUUUUUAAGUGAUAUAUUUUUAUCAGAAAAAUAUAUGUAGUAAGCAGGUGUUUGUUUAAUUUAAAGUAUACACCAUGUUGAAAUCGUUCAUUUUUAUUUGCAUCAUUAUACAAUGUUUAAUUAGUUCUUCAUUAGUUUUUUGUAAUAAUGAUGAUACUUCACAUUCUGAAAGAGAUAAAAUUGAACAGUUGAGCAAUGACAUGAAUUCGGAUUCUACAAAUUACAAUGAUUUUGAUGAAAACAUAUAUGAUGUGAAGCAAACAGAAGAUUUUAUUGAUCCACAUUCUCUCUAUUAUGAUAGAUUUAAUAAAAAAGUAAUAGAAGAUGUAAAAAGCAAUAGUAAAGAAUAUAAUCAAGUAGAAUUAUUAAAAGGAAAUAAUGAAGAUUAUGAGACAUUGAAAGUAUAUUAUAAGCGUUUGAUUAUGAUGUUAUUGUUAAAUGCCAACUUAAAGAUGAAUGAUGAUUUCGUAGAGGGACAAUUAUUUAUAAAAGGAACAGUAAUGCAAAUUGAAACACUCAAAAAAGUAGAAACUGGAAAUUAUUCCAUAAAAGAAAUUGAUGUAAUCUUGAGUAAAAUUUUAUUGGAGCCUUCAUUCUUUAGUAAUAUUUCUAAUGUGGUUGAUUUAUAUUGGAUUGUUCAGUCUGCGUUUGAAUUAAUAAAUUACUACGCAUAUGUGAUUAUUAUUGUUUGUAGUGUAUUAGCAAUUGUGAUAUUAUUAAGGAAAUUGUCAUUGUUUUGGACAUUAUUCAGUAUUAUCAUUAUGGUAAUAAUAGUUAGCUUUUAUAUGACUUGGUGGCAUCUAGUAACGGAAGCUGAGAUCAAAUUAGCAGCAGCGCAAGUUAAAUACAUUGAAAUGCCUGUAGCUUGUCACCCAUAUAAGAUGAGUAUGUGGGAUAAAAUGAAGGCAUAUUUCUUUGAUGACAAGGAAUGUGAAAAAUAUUAUGAAGCUAGAAUGAUUAAUCCAAAACUGCAGGUAACACCUGCUUUGGUUAUAUCACACCUUGUAUUCACAGUCGCAACGUAUCCAAUACCUAUUAUUGGAGAGGUAAUAUCUAAGUUUACAAGCAGUGUAACUGCUCAUUUACCCUCCUUCUUACGAUAUCCCGUACAAGUGUGCUUCAGUCUAUUGCUUCCUCUACUAUUCUUGGGUGUUAUUUUCAUUUAUAAAGGAGGCUCUGUGAGCUUCGGAUUACCAUUAUUUAAUUUUUCGCUUAUGUCAUCUAGACAGACUUCAUUGCCUCUGGAUAAUGCUCAAAAGAGGCAGACGAUUGAGUUAAUUCGUGAGAUUUUUGCCGAAGUACCUGUAAAUAAUCUACUAAAAAAUACUGAAACUAUUAAUCUAGCGCUACCAUCUAAUAUUUUCGAAAAACAAGAAAAUAAUAGUCCUACGAAUAAUGCAAUUGAGGAAUCUUAUAAAUUAAUAUCAAACAAAUCUGAAAAAGAAUUGGAUCAUGCUGGUGGUGAUUCUGAUAAAAAUAAUUUAUUUUCCAAAGAAAAUAAAGAGGAAAGCGGAGAAUGCGUAAAAAAGUUUAAAAUCGAUUCAGAGAAAUAUAUCGGAGGUGGCGAUGCUUAAUAUUUUACCGCGAAAUGUAUUAUUUAAUAUUUAACUUUAAAUAUGUGUUAAGUUAAUUUUAAAGAAAUAUGUUUCAGAUCUUACAUUAAAAAAUAUAACAAAUAAAAAUGACUUUACAUUUAUAUAAUGAUAUCUCAAAAAUCUCUCUUGAAAUAAGUUUUUAUACUUAAAAAUUAUAAUUUUAUACUUAAACAAUUAAAAGCAUGUUUGUAACAAUGGACAAUGCGUGUGCUUUUCUGUGUAACCAUAUUAGCCCGAUAUUUAAAUUGAAUAAAUAGAUUUUUAUGAAAAGAA